CUUUGUAUUGGAAGAAAGAAUCCAAUGGUCAAAAUAAGCAAAUGGGAGAAUCGAAGAUCAGAAAUGGAGGACAUGGAGAAGGUUUGCUUCCCAUUUGGGAAGCCGGGUCCUACCCCAUCAGACAUCAAUCAUUGAUACUUGAUUUCUUCCUAUGGGUGGAGUCACUGAGAGUGGAUGACGAGGAUAAUUGACUAUAGUUUCUGUGAUCGAACGGUAAUAAGACCUUUUUGAUUCUGCUCCACUCGCUUGGAUCCAAUCUGAAUGAAUCACAAGUGAUUAGUGUGGUGGUGGAAUUGAUUUUGGGGUAAAUUCCCACUUCCUCAGAUCCACGAUUCCUCAUCCUUUUAGCUGCUCUGCUCACCAUGGCUGCAACUAUCUCCUUUUCUUUCUGCUCAGAUCCUCGCCAUGUCCACCCUCAGCCCCAUUCACACCUUCACAGUCAGCCCUUUAAGAACCCUCUCUUCAAUCCACUCCAUUCCUUCUCCAUUACAUCCUUACCUCCAAAGGUUGCGCACCCUUUGCUCCUUUUGCACAAAUUCGACAGUUUCAAGUUUUAUCCUGCUUAUUCCUCUUCUCAUUCUUCUUCUUCCUCUGAAUCAUAUCUCAAUGACCCACUAAGAAUUGGCCGGUUUCUUACUAAUGAUGAAACUGAGAAGCUCCAAAUUAUACACAAUUUCAGAUAUUCUCAUGAAGUUGUUUCUGGGUCGUUGUUGGUUCGUGUGAUGGGUGCAGAAGAGAUGGAUGUCACAGUUGGGUUGCUUUCUGAAUCUUUUGCAGAGUCCAUGUCUCUACCUUCCGGUUAUGUCCGUUUCUUGGCGUUCCUGGUGAAUCAGUAUAUGACUGAGAGGAGAGCUCUAAUGCCCCACACGGCGACGCUUGUUGGGUAUUACAGGGAAGAGGGUGGUGAAGAGGAGUUGGCAGGUACGGUUGAGGUUUCUUUCAAUAAACGAGGUGCCAAUGCUUCUCCUCCAACCCCAACUCCUCCGAAGGACUGCCCUUAUAUAUGUAAUAUGACUGUGAAGAAGCAGCUCCGAAGGAGGGGCAUUGGUUGGCAUCUUUUGAAGGCAUGUGAAGAACUGAUAUCUCAGACGAGUUGCCCUUCUAGGGAAGUCUACCUGCACUGCAGAAUGAUUGAUACAGCUCCCUUUAAAAUGUAUACUAAAGCAGGUUACAGUAUUGUCAAGACAGAUAGUAUUUUUAUCUUGUUGACUUUCCAACGACGUAAGCACUUGAUGUGCAAGAUGUUGUCAGUUUUCAAUAACCAUUCAGAAGUGGAUAUCACGAAUCCUGAUGGGGAAUUUUCUUUAUGAAGGUUGAAAAAAUAAAUAGUGUUCUCAAAAGCAUACACGUGUCCUUGACAAACUCACUCUUCUUUCCUGCUGUAAAUGCUGGUUUUUUUGUAGUGAUGAAAACUUGAGUUCAGUUGUAUACUUCUUAAACAUAAGAUCUUAGUUCAUUCUCCCUCCUCCUAUUUAAAUGUUUCUUCUCAAAGUUAGUUGCCUUAUUCGUGACAGUCAACACAAUGCAGUUUUCAGCUUUUCCAGCUGUUAGAUUUAAGACGAAGAGACUGAUUAGAGUCAUUAGACGGUUUCCGCUUGCAUGUGCCAUGUAUCUGUUAGAGACCCUGUGUUUGAAGUAUGUUAUGCUGUGGAUGCAAUGUGGGUUCCUGACCUGAAGCAUCUCCUUGCUUGAUGUUUGUUUGAAUCAGAUUGCUUCCUGUGCUUUUGAAAGCUUUUUAGAGGGAAACAAAUGUCCAAGUCAGGUACUCCUUCAGUGCACUGGAAGUGUCAGAGCUGUUAAUAUUUCAGAAGACAGUUGGCCGACAAAUGGGAGAAUUAUCACACUUGAGACUAAAUCUACUGACACACGAAUGGUCAGUGAUCUCUUAGAUCUGAGGAGGAAAUGUCGGAGACAAGCUGAGAUUAGGUCAGUUUUUCAACCUCAUAAGGUGACUGAGAUUCUAAAGUUGUCUAUGAGCUCUACUGACAAAACUGAUAGAACGAUUGGAAGUUCUCUAAACACGGGCUUACUGUGAAAUCACACAGAGAUUGACUUUCCAGUUGUGUGAGCUUGGAGUCUCCUCUCUUAUCAAAAAAGUAUGCAUGGAAGUGUGGAAUUUACUGGUGCCCCUGAAGCUGAAGCUAUUUCUGUGGAGGUACUGCUUAGGCUAUCUGCUGGUGGCUAAAAGUCACAACUCCGUACAUCCCGUCUGCUGUGGCAAAAAAUAAGGAAACAGGGUUGACAUGAUUCUCGAAUGCCAACAUCCUGCUUGGUUCAGUUCAUUUUUUUUGUUGCACCGAUUUAAUUAAGGACUGGAUUUUCAGGACUGGUUCCUGCUGAGCAUAGCGAUGGGACUUUCAGGAAGCUGGGGUUCCAUUGCAUUUUGGUCAGUUCUUGUUGGGAUAUCUGGAAGACUUUGUAAGAAUGCGGUGCUUAGGUCUUCAAUUGCUAGUUCUUUAGAGACUAUUUGGCCUCAUCCUAUCUGUCAGAGUUUUGAGGUCUUCCUUGACAAAGCCUGCUUCUGGCAAGGCAGCAGACCCAUCUAUGCUUAUUGACAUAAUGUUCAUUACACAGUGGUCAUGGAUGGGGCAUGGGCGAAUUAAGAAAUGUCUCUUGGGAAGAGUUGUGUUAAGAGAAAGCCUUAAAUGAGGCCUUCUGGUAGUAAGAUAUAGCUCUACGCUUGACCUGGAUCUUCCAUUGCAGAGACGGGGGUAGUUAGAGAAGCUCUGUUGCUGUGCAGAAGCCUUGGUUUGACUUGAUUUUGAUCUUUUCGGAUUGCAAGCUUUGAUCGAAAGUGUCACUUUUGAAGUUGUUAACCCUCUGUGGGAAGCGCCGGUGAUUGUUGAUCCUGAUUGACUGAUUUUUUCUCUUCACUAUUUCCACUGGUCUUCCAAUGCAGAGGUUCAUUGUGUAGCAGUUGGUGCAGUUAUAUUUAAUUGGUUCCAUGAUUGUUGUCCCCUCCCCCCAACCCAAAAAAAAGAAAAGAAGCCCAGUCCUCAAAAUUUCCUAUUUCCUUUUCUCAUUAUUCCUGUUCACUGUAUCACCACCAUCUCCUCCCUCAAGAAAAGGAAGUGACUAGAAGAAUGGCUGCAACCACAGUCAUGUACGAAAGAGCACUUGAGUAGAAAUAUAUAAGUUCAACGAAUCAACGAUCACUGUGAAAACUUUAUUCUGAAUUUUCCUAUCAGUUUAGCAAUUGUAGCUCCUAUUUGUAUAUUUUCAAUAUUUAACAUUUCGCUAGUUUUCCUUUUC